CAUUCUGUACUGAAAUUACCUAUUAAAAUUUUUAAGCCAAACAGUAGUUACUUGAAAGUUAUAAUCCAAGGACACAAUGCUGGAUGUUGCGCAAGAACCAGUGCAGCAGUAUGGAAAUCGGAGCCACCAGGCGGAGUGUGUGCCCCUGGGAAAAUAUCCAGCAUACGGAUCGGACAUCGAACAGGACGACGAGGGCAAGGGCCUGGGGUUCUCCAGCGCCAGCAUCCGGCGGGGAUUCAUCCGGAAGGUGUACCUCAUCCUGUUGGCACAACUGAUCACCUCCCUGGUCGUCAUAGUUGCGCUUACUGUUGAUAGGCAGGUGCGCCUGAUGGUGGCAGACAGCACCUGGAUGUUCCUGGUGGCCAUCCUAAUAGUGGUCUUCUCUCUGGUGGCUCUGAGCUGCAACGAGGAUCUGCGGCGUCAGACACCAGCUAACUUACUCUUCCUAGCUGCCUUCACGAUAGCCGAAUCCUUUUUGCUGGGCGUGGUAGCCUGCCGAUAUGCUCCGAUGGAGAUUUUCAUGUCCGUGCUAAUCACGGCGUCAGUUUGCCUGGGACUCUCUCUAUUUGCCCUGCAGACGCGUUACGACUUCACCGUGCUGGGUGGUAUCCUGGUGAGCUGCUUGAUAAUACUGCUCCUCUUUGGAACCGUGAGCCUCUUAGUGGGCGGACAUAUGGUCACCACCAUCUAUGCCUCAUUGAGCGCCCUGCUCUUUUCCAUUUAUUUGGUUCACGAUACCCAAUUGAUGAUGGGAGGCAAGCAUAGGUACUCCAUAAGUCCCGAGGAGUACAUAUUCGCGGCCCUAAAUAUUUAUAUGGAUGUUAUGAACAUAUUCCUGGAAAUAUUGCAGUUACUCGGGGGAUCCGAUUAGUUCCAUAAAAUCCCAAAGACACGUAUUAUCUUAAUAAAGCCUUAAUAAAUCCAA